AUGGCUAGCCAGAUUGCACAACUACCUACCCAUUAUUUACACGUUCUUUCGUCUGAUAAUAGACUACCGCAAAGAUAUUACAUAGCGGAUGAUGAUGAUAGUCAUAGUCAUAAUAGUAAUGUUAAUACUAUAGCAUCAUUUACUACUACAACCAAUCAAUUAUUAUUAUCUGGGUCUACUAUAUAUGUGGACUAUAGAUCAAAAUGUUUACAUGCAUGUGGAAAUGUGUCACAACCAUUUAGUAAUUUAAAAGAUGCUAUUGAUACUAUCAAAGAAGCAGUAGGUGUUACAUCUGCUACUAUCAUGGUUGAACCUGGUCAAUACACUGGUGUAAAGAAUAAAGAAUUGGAUAUAUCAAAUGGUUUAUCAUUAAGAAUAUCAACAAUAAUAGGACAUCAAGAUAGUAAACCAAAUACAUUAACACAAUUUGGUAGUAUAUCGGGAAUGGUAUUUAUUGAUUGUGAAAGUAGUGGUAGAGCAUUCUUGGUUAGAGGACAAGGAACUCAUUUAAAGCUUACUGGGUUUGUCAUUGUCAAUGGUCAUCAUCUCCGAGGUGGUGGUAUAUCGGUUAUCGAAGGUGCCACCUUGACAACAGCCAAUGUCAUUAUAGCCAAUAAUAUGGCAGUCAAUGGUGGUGGAUUGUAUGUCCAAGGUAACAGUACUGCAUACCUUACAAAGACAUUGUUCUUUGGUAAUGGUGCAUCUGUUAGAUCACCAGUCUUUGAGGUUGACUCUGCCAGAGUACAUUUCCUACAAUCACAUAUUCCAUGUGACCCAAACAACUCUGGAAACCAACGUGCCUAUAUUGGUCAUUUACCAUAUCAACUCGCCUCCUUUAUAACUGAUGAUGUUUCAUCUAUUGGUUUAUCAAGUAUUAUUGAAUGCCACGCAUCUAUUUGUCAUAUACCAAAAGUUAUGUCAUAUGAUUGUUCAUUUGAAACUCUUCUUACAAUAAGUAAUGAUAUUAUAUUAAAAUCACCAAUAAUGUUAAGAGUACCAUCAACUGCAUCAACAUGUAAUCAUAAUGCUAUAUGUGAUAUUGCACAAGAGGAUUGUAUUAAUUGCCCAACCGAUUGUUCAUGUAAUCAUCCAAACUCGUAUCUACUUAGUCAAGGUGCCUAUCCAAAGGGAUUCAAGAUGAUUGAUCGUCCACAUGUCUAUCCACAAGCACCGAAAUUUGGAAAUCUUGAGGCAUAUAUUCGUCAAAAGCACCAAAAGAAUCGUAUCAUGGUUGAAGCAGACUCUUGUAAACUGGAUUUCAUGAUGAAUGGAAAACUUGAAUUCUCAAUUGUCGAGGGUGCCUAUCAAGCCUAUAAAUUCAACCUUCACCUCAUUGAAAGUCCACUUCCAGCCAAGAUUCGUGUCUACUUUACUUGUAAUGAUAAUAAUCCAAAUAGUUCAUUCUCUAUAAAGUAUAGAGAUCCCAUAGAUGAUCAAUAUAAAUAUUUAGAUGCUUUUUAUUCAAUGAAUAUUUGUGGAGAUGGAAUUUAUAAUUAUCAAGAAUCAUAUUAUGCAUCAAGAUUCUUUUGUCCAAAAGAUAAAGAUGCGAUUGAUUCUAGAAGUCAAAGUAUUCAACCAGUUUGUGGUGACAAUAUGUGUAAUGAAGAUAAUCCACAAGAAUGUCCGUAUGACUGUCACUCGGAAUUGACAACGACCUGUAGGGAAAUUGCUCCACCAACCAAGAUUGACUCUAUCUACAAAACCAAUGAAUUACUAGGAUCAUUGUUAAACAAUCAAUACUUGUAUGCUUUACCAGGUAUUGAUGUGUUUGGACAUGGUGUUGAUAUUCUAACUGGAAAGAGUAAGGAUACUCGUAUCUUACACUUUGGGUAUUGCGAGGAUACACCAUUCUCUACUGUACACGAUCUCUAUCGUGGUCUGGUCUAUACCAUCCCAUAUGGUUUGAGUGGUACACCUGCACCAAAAUGUACCUACUCUAGUCAAUCGACAUUCUACAAAUCUUCAAGUUCAAUUGCAUCAGAGAUGGCAAUGCGUUCGGGAUUACAAGUAUCUGCAUCUGCAUCUGGUGGAUUUUGGGGAUACUCUGUUGGCGCCUCAGCAGCCUAUUCACAAGACCAAUCCGUUCAAAUGGCGUCACAACAUGAACAAGAAUCAGAAGGUACGUUUAUCGUAUCCCAAGUCAAAUGUUCGACAAGUAAAGUCAUCCUCACCGAGAGUGAUACCAAGUUCCAUCCCAUAUUCCUUAGGGAUCUCGUCAAGGCAACUACCAUCAUAAAGAUGAAGGCAGUUAUGGAAAAGUACGGUACUGCAUACAUCAAGAGUGCAGUAAUGGGUGGAACAUUAAAGAUGGUAUCCAUUGUAUCGAAUCAAUAUUCAUCAACCACCACUGAAAGUCAAUUACAAGCAAAUGCAGAGUUGUCACUAUCUGUUCAUGCAUCGGCACCCAUUGGGUCGGUCAGUGCCAGUGGAUCUGGAUCCUACGACAAUUCAGUAUCACAAGAAUCACGUCAAGAAUUCUCAUCAAACAGUCAACACUCUACCAUCAUCACCGAAGGUGGUAGUCCAGGUGCAUUCUCUCCCGAUGAGUUUGGCAAGAAUACCUUUUCUUCAUGGGCUGAAACAGUCGAUCUUCGUCCAGUCCCAAUCGACCCGCAAUUUGGUUUCGUCUCUGAUCUCAUCCCAAAAACUUGGAAAGUCUAUCAAAGAUUCCCAACCGAUCCAAAUAUUACAAUCCACGAUCUUUGGAAAAUUACUGAAUAUAUUUAUUUCUUAAACAAAGUUACAAAUUUAAAAGAUCCAGAAAUUAAUUUAAUGGGACUUAGAGAUAAUCUUAAUUAUCCAGUUACCAAUUAUGUUAUAUUCUCAGAUUCACCAAAGGAUGAAAGCAACUAUGUAAAGAUGGGACAAUAUCCAUGGGAACAUUCCGAUGCGAUACGUAUAAAGUCUCAACAAUUUAUUACAUUUUGGUUUGCAAAGACUGAACCAAUCUUGUUGCUUACGGCAUCGGCAUAUUCAAUUGACCUCGUUGAUUUGGUGUCUUCUAGAAUGUUCCAAUUUGCUCCACAAGCUCUCACACCAACUCCACCCGAAGCUAAAAUAGAAAUCCGAUUUUACGUGUUGAUUGCUUCAAAGCCCACGCUACCCUAUCGAUUCCACAUCACUGUCUAUGGAACUAGAGGAUCUAGCCAGUACAGUGAAACCAUCAGUACCCAUCGUAACUCGCCCUACUAUUCCGUUCAAAUCAAUCCAAUGGAAGAAAACAAUAACAACAAUAUCGGUGAUUUGGUAGGUAUCCGUCUAUCAAUUAGACCAAGAGCCAAAGACCCCAAUUCAAUGCAAAUCACAUUGUAUAAUAUCAAUGUCAUCCAACAUUGCCUGGCCAACACAAAUCCUCUAGACAGGGUUUGUUAUCCAGGUCAAAAGUACAUUUAUGCACUUGCCAACAUGAGACCAAUCACUUUACUCUAUGAUCCAUCCAACCGUCUCACCGCCACAUCCUAUCGUAACCUUUCUCAACGUUUCAAAGUUGAUCAAUUAAUUCAUCCAGGUGUUAAUAAUGAUGACCCAAUUAUUAGUGGUGGUGGUGAUGAUCAAGAUUCAGAUCUUGACCUCUAA